AUGACCUCACUCACGUGGGCACUGCUCUGUCUCACUGGCAUCAUCCUGGCACCGGGAACCCUGCACGCGGCCUCCCCGCAGGUUGGGUCCCGCAACCGGCAGAUCCACUCGAUCAGUCCGUCCAGCCCGCGGGGUUCCCCGCAAGUCUCCCCGCGCGCCCGUCAGCGCGUUGAGGAGGAGAUCAGAUCUAUGGAGCAAAGACCAAGUGCUGGUAUCUUUCGAGACGUGCACGCGGCGCGCGGCCCCGAGGCCCGACCGGGGGCCAACAGGUACCUGGCCAAGCAGGAGAGACGGAGGGCUGGCGACGCAGCUGGUGGCACUAAUUCUGGGGUUUAUCGCUACCAGUCCUCCCAUCACCAGCUGACUAAUAAAAGCCGGCCGCUCUCACAGCUGCAGAAUAAAGUGGCCCUCGGAGCUGACGCAGGUACUUCCCUUUCAAUAAGAUCCAACUGCAGAAACCGCCGCAUAGACCUGGUCUUCAUCAUAGACAGCUCCCGCAGUGUGCGCCCUGCGGAGUUCGAAAAGGCCAAAGAGUUCCUCCAAGACAUGGUGGAGAGCCUGGAGAUCAGCUCGGACGCCACGCGGGUCGGCCUCGUCAACUACGCCAGCACGGUGCACAUCGAGUUCCUCCUCAAGACCUAUUUUGCCAAGUCCGCCCUGAAGCAGGCGCUGGCCCGCGUCGAGCCCCUCGCCUCGGGCACCAUGACGGGCAUGGCCAUCAAGACCGCCAUGGAGAAAGCUUUCACGGCGGAGGCCGGCGCCCGAGCCAGCUCUAUGAACAUCGCCAAAGUGGCCAUUAUAGUGACGGACGGGAGGCCCCAGGACAAGGUGGAGGACGUGUCAGCGGCGGCCCGGGCAUCUGGGAUCGAGAUCUACGCGGUGGGUGUGGGCAGGGCCGACAUGAUGUCCCUCCGCCUCAUGGCCAGCCGCCCGCACGAUGACCACGUCUUCUAUGUGGAGACCUAUGGUGUCAUUGAGAAGCUCACUUCCAAAUUUAGGGAGACCUUGUGUGGUUUGGAUGCAUGUGCUCAGGGACACAGUUGCCACCACAUCUGUGUCAACAACGACUACUCAUACGACUGCAAGUGUCGCGGCGGCUAUAUCUUGAACCCGGACAAGAAAACAUGCUCACGUUCAGAUACAUGUGCCCAAGGACACGACUGCCAACAUAUCUGUGUCAACACCGAUGACUCCUACGUCUGCAAAUGUCGUGAGGGAUAUGUGUUGAAUGACGACCAGAAAACGUGCUCACGUCCAGGUUCAGAUGCUUGUGCCCAGGGACAUGACUGCCAACACAUGUGCAUCAACAAUGGGAACUCCUACAUCUGCAGGUGUCGAGCUGGAUAUGUGUUAAACAUGGAUCAAAAGACCUGCUCACGUUCCAAUGCAUGUGGUCAGGGACAUGACUGUCAGCAGAUGUGUAUCAACAACGGGGACUCCUACAACUGCAAGUGUCAAGAUGGAUAUGUGUUGAAUGCAGACCAGAAAACAUGCUCACAGGAAAUGAGGAGUGAAAUAACUGAAGACGCCUGCAUGUGUGAAGCCCAGAUUGUGUUCCAGAAAAAAGUGCAUUCGGCCAUUCAGGAGCUGAGUAGAAAACAUAUCCUUUCUGAGAACCAAGUGAAUCUUAUUGAGGACCAAGUGCACAAUUAAGGACAUCGAUGAAGACGUGCCAGGACGAGGAUCUUCUGACCAGUGGAAGUCAUCUGAGAAACUCAAAUUGUUUGCAUGGUGUGGAUUUCUCAUGCAGUGUACUGAUACCAUUACUAUUGUAUAUCAUAAACAAGCAUUUUUCAUCCACAAUGCCAUAUGUUAUUACUUCUUUUGGUAAAAUCAGGUAUAACUGGUGUAAAUGUUUACAUGCACCUGUAUAUUUGUAAGAAAACUCAAUUUCUUUCUGGCAGUGUAAGCCACCAAGUAUGGAAUCAAAAUAUGAAAAAGAAAUGAUAGAAUAGAGAAGGGCAAACCUCAUGGUAGACAGGUUAAAAGUAUACUUUUAACUAUUUCAAUGUUUUUUUGUGUGAAAACUUGUACCAGAUCCUUGUUGUGUAUUCACAGAUGCACGAGCAUUUCUUGGUCAGUGUUCCUCCAUCCAUAACCACAACAACUAAUCUCCUCUACAACAAGAGCAUUGUUGUUGCCUCGAUCCAAUUAUCCUGUGGCAUUGUUACAUCACAGUGCAUUACUAUAAUCCUGUUCUUUGAUACCUGAAAUAUUGUGCAAAAUGAAUCGUUUUGUUUUCUUUGUAGCAAACUGGUUCAAUUGUUUGAGUGGGAAAACAAUUUAGGGAGUUAAUGGACGGCGUCAACACUUUGCACACUUGGCAAGUGUUGUACCAACGUGUCUGGUCGCAGCCCUAGCAGUAAAAUAAAAAUAUUUCUCUUUUUUAAUUGGUGAGAUUUUAAGAGGGUUUUUUGCGCAACAUUUCACCGCACAUCAUUUUCUCCAUACCAUGCACAUAUGUACUGUAUUUCUUUGUCAUAUCAAAAGAACACACGUAAAACCAAUUGAGAGAAGGGUAUUUGUGGUGCAGGGAUCUCUGUGUAAACUGAUAGUGUUGUUCAUAUUAUUGUACUUUUGUAAUAGAACACAACUAUUCUGUAUAUUUUCUUUUGAGUGCAUAUGGAAAAUAAACAUUC